AUGGACUCGCAAGGUGUGUUUUCGUUUCAUCAUGGACAGCAGAGAUUAUCAAAUCCAAAAAUCAAGCAGGCGGUGGAGGAUGUGCAGAAGCUGCUGCUGGAGAAGGACUGUCAUCUGUCCCGAGCACUGAUAGCUGUGGACACGCUACACAUCACUCUACUGGUGACUCACCUGAGCACACAGGAGCAGCUGGAUCUCACUGCGUCUACAUGAUCAGAGCUGGAGUCUCCUCUGAACGCGCUGCUGGGGGUCCUGACCUUCUGUGGAAUCGGACACUUUAAACAGGAAGUGGCUUUCGUUCAGAUCGUGGACGGAGGGCAUCUGACCACGUUCACGCUCAUGGCAGAGAGCGUGAGGAAGGCGUUUGAGGAGCGGGGCAUCGCGUCUGGAGAUGACAAAGCAUUCAAACCUUAUCUGACGUUUCUCAAACUCUCUCGAGCACCUAAACUACGCAAGCAGGGCGUUAAGAAGCUGGAUCCGGCGCUGUUCUCUGAGUUCGAGGUCUGUGUGUUUGGAGACGAAUGA